AGCAAUUAUUAUUUUAUUCCUCUCCUCUGCGCUCUCACUCAUCAAGGGUUUUUGCUACUCUCCCCUUUUCGGCUUCAAAAUGGCGGACGAUGUGCUCUACGCCGCCGCCGCCGGCGAUUCCAACAAGCGCAAGUACGAGGAAUCACCGUCGCCGGUCGCGCGCAGGGCGACGGGAUUCUCGUCGACGCCGGACGCGGCGCCGCCGCCUUCGUUCAACAACGUUCCUCCCCCGAUGAACGAGAUCGAGCUGGCGAAGCAGAAGGCGCAGGAGAUCGCCGCGAGGCUCCUGAACAACUCCGAUCCGACGAAGAGAGCCAGAGUUGAGAAUGUGGGGAACGGUGGUAGAGGAUUCGAUUCGAGCGAUUAUAGUAGUCAGAAGUCUUCAGGUUAUGGUCUUAGUGGUCCACCACAAGCUGCGUCCUCAGGUUAUCCUGGUCCAAGCAAAAGGAUUGAGAUACCAAAUGGGAGGGUGGGUGUGAUAAUCGGCAAAGGUGGGGAGACUAUCAAAUACCUUCAGCUUCAGUCGGGAGCUAAGAUUCAGGUCACUAGGGACGUGGAUGCAGACCCUAAUUCUGCUACAAGAGGGGUUGAUCUCAUGGGUACUCCUGAUCAGAUAGCCAAAGCCGAGCAGCUUAUCCAAGAUGUUCUUUCUGAGGCUGAGACUGGUGGCUCUGGCUCAACUUCUCGGCGCGUAGGUGGUCAAUCAUCUGGAGCUGAGCAGUUUGUAAUGAAGAUUCCCAACAACAAGGUGGGUCUUGUCAUUGGUAAAGGAGGUGAAACCAUUAAAAGCAUGCAAGCAAGGACUGGGGCUCGUAUUCAGGUUAUACCUCUCCAUUUGCCACCUGGCGAUACGUCACAGGAGAGGACUGUACAAAUUGAUGGAACUAGUGAGCAGAUUGAGGCUGCUAAACUAAUAGUUGAUGAAGUCAUCAGUGAGAAUCGUAAUAGAAAUUCAUCAAUGUCCGGAGGAUAUGCUCAGCAAGGAUAUCAAGCUCGACCUCCUUCUAACUGGGGGCAGCCCGGCGCACCUAUGCAGCAACCUGGUUAUAGCUACCCACAAGCUGGUGGAUACCCUGGUCAACCACCGCAAUACAACAUGAAUCAGCCUCCUUACUCUGGUUAUCCUCAGCAAUCCACCUCUAGUGGAUACCCGACUGGCUGGGACCAGUCGACUGCUUCCCAAACUCAGCAAGCCCCUCAAGGAGCGGGCUAUGAUUACUACAACCAGCAGCAGCCACAGCAACAACCUGCCCAAGGGGGUCCAGCUGCUCCCACUGAUGCUUCUGGAUACGGUUACGGGGCAUAUGGCCAGGCUGCAGCCUACAGUCAAGGACAGGGUUACGGCCAAUAUGGCUAUGGUAGUUAUCCAACAGGUGCAGCUGCAGCCGGUUACAGCCAGCCGCAGCAGAACCCUGCUGCAGGAUACGAGAACCAGCAGCAAGGAUACAAUUCUAAAAGUAGCAAUGCCUCUAACCCGACAGCCGAUGGGCACACUGCAUCGUACGGAGCACAGGAGGAAGCCAAUCAAGCGCCUGCAUCUGGACAGUCGUACAAUGCCGGAGGUCAACCCGCCGCUAAUCCCAACUACCCACCUCAAGCUUCCAACCAGCCGGGUUACGGAGGUGGUUACGGUGCCCAGACAACGCCCCCCAACUAUGCACCUCCUCAGGCACAAAAACCACCGGGCAGCCAGGCUGCCUAUGCACAGCCGCAGCAGUCACCUAGCUCUCAAGGUGCUGGUUACGCGCAGGCCGGGUAUCCUCAAUCGCAGCCUCCAGCACAUGCCGGCUAUGCUCAGACUGCAGCUUACCCGACAUCCCAGCCGGGGUAUGGAGCUCCACCAUACGCAGCAGCAACAGCUACCCAACCUGGCUACGGGCAACAGCAGGCCGCAGCGUACAACAGUUCUUACGGUGGCGCCGCUGGAUAUUCCCAACCUCCAGCUUACCCUUCCGCUGACGGCUCAGCCAUAGUGAUGUGA